CGCGGUUGAUCGCGGUGCGAUCGCGAACGCACUCGACCUUCGCAGGUUUCGUGCAGCGCACACUUUGACGCGAAAUAUCGUAUCGUGCAAGUAGGCAGCGGUGUGGCAGGGAUAGCGUGACAACAGCGGAGAAAGUGCAGCCUUGCGGUGUGUUUGUUUUGUUAUGAUUCGCGUCCGCAUUGUCGAGGCUAAGUCGUGAUACGGUUAAGAAAAUACUUCCAGCGCAGAGAAGCAGAUGAUUCCGAUCGACGAGUGAGAUCCAUGAGAAAGCCGACGCGGCGAUUCUACGCACCGCAGCACGAUGCGAUAGCUUUCACCAGAGACAGGUGCUCGACGACGUCGCCGUCGAAGUGGCGGCGGUGGUGGUGGUCCGUCCGCGACUUGCAAACACGGAAGGAAGCGUGACAGCAGCAGGGCGAGCGUCGCUCCGAGGCUCACCUGCAGUAUGCUCAAGGUUUGCAGACGGGUUCACAUUUCACAGGCGGAUAUGGCAGCAGGUGAGGCCAGCACGGCGAAGCCUCGUCAAGAGAAACAGUACGAUUAUCUGCUCAAAUUCCUGCUGGUCGGUGACAGCGACGUCGGCAAGCAAGAGAUCUUGAGCGGUCUCGAAGACGGUGCUGCAGAGUCGCCGUUCUGCAGUGGCAGCGCUUACAAAACUACCACUAUUCUGUUAGAUGGAAAACGAGUAAAGUUACAAUUAUGGGAUACAUCUGGUCAAGGUAGAUUCUGCACAAUCAUUCGGUCUUACUCCAGGGGUGCUCAAGGUAUUCUCUUGGUGUAUGACAUAACCAAUAAAUGGUCCUUUGAUGGCAUCGAUAGAUGGCUGAAAGAAGUGGAAGAGCAUGCACCUGGUGUGCCGAAAGUAUUGGUAGGCAAUCGUCUUCACUUAGCUUUCAAGAGGCAAGUGGGAGAACGAGAUGCGGAGGCUUACGCUGCUAAAAAUCGAAUGGCGUUUUUCGAAGUCUCGCCUCUCUGCGACUUCAAUAUCCGAGAGAGUUUCUCGGAACUGUCACGCAUGGCGUUGCACAGAAACGGCAUGGAAAGAUUAUGGCGCUCGAAUAAAGUGCUCAGUCUGCAAGAACUGGCGUGUCGCGCGAUAGUGGCUCGAACGACGGUUUACAGUAUCGAACAGCUGCCAUUGCCCAAGUCGAUCAAGUCGUACUUGAAAUCGUACGCGAUGACAACCACGUCCCAGCUGCGCUACAACGGCAACCGUUCGCUGAGCUCCAGCAAGAGUCUCGGCUCGCAUCAUCGGAAAUUACGCUUCGUCGGGGUGGGCCACAACAAUGGACUGUCGACGCCCGGCAGCUCGCCCGGCAGCAUCACGGACUCUCGUACGAGUUGCGUCGGCCGCAACUCCUGCACGGUGUCUUGAAAGUAGCAGAAGGAAGAAAUCAGGGUAGCGGUUACUUACAAAACGACAUGCAGCAACCAGCGCUCUUGCUCUCCCCCUUUCGCCGUUCUGUCGAGAAUUACAAGCGCGUUUCCCGAUGUUGUUUUAUAAUUGAUAGCAACUAAUCGUUAGAUCAUUAGAUUGAGAGUAGUAUAUAUAAAAAUUCCGAUUUGCCACUUGCCAACGUUGACGACAGAUACUUGUUGCGUUUAUUACGAGAGACACAUAUUUCAUAUUGCAUAUAUAUUUUCACAUUCGCGAAUUGUGCACAAUGUGACGAUGAACGAGCUUAAAGAGAAGCAAACUGUCGUAUAUCCGUGCCAUCGGUUGUCCGAAAUAGAGAGAGAGAGAAGAAAGAAAAAAAGGAGAUGCGUACGAUGUGUAAGCAGAAAGAAAUGCUUAAAUAUUAUUAAGUAUCGUCGAUCGCAGAGCUCGUACGACUUUCCAUCGCGUUUAGGAUUACGGAAUAAAAUACGCCCACACAUAUAUCGAUCGAUAUAUACGCGACUCGAGUGUGCCCAUACUUUGAAGUUCUUGUAAGUCGCUUUAAUUUGUUUGGCCGUUGUUUGAAAAGCAUCCUCCCCCCCCCCUCAACCCCUCACAAACGUAUCUCUGAGCGGAAUGGUUUUUUUUUUCUUCAAUUGUAAACUUACGAAAGCAGCGAGUGUAAUGAACUGAAAAGUACAAGUUCGCUAAGUCUACAGUGGUUGUGGCGUAGACUAAUGAUGAUAGCGUAAGUGUAGAAAGUCUAGAGCAGCUAAUUCAGGAUAUAUUAGCGAUAUAUAUAUACAUAUAUAUAUAUAUACAUGGACGAGUCUGAAUAUAUAUUUUCAAUUACUUGUCCUCGCGGAACCUUUUUACUAUUAGAAUCUACCGAUUGCCGACCGCGGAAGAGCUAUAUAUUUUUUAAAGGAACGGUUUUACAAAGAGCAAUAAAUUGACUCUACGGCACGAAUUUUUAUAUUGUAUCGAUCGGAUCGAUCGGAUUUCUUCAAUGUUUUAUUUGUUCUUUUCGUGUGAAUUGCGAAUCACGCGGAGGGAUUCGAUCUUUUUCUUCGCGUCCGGAAAUUCCUCGAUUGCGUUAUUUAAAAAGUAUUAUCUUAUUUAAUUUCACCCGUAAGUGUAAGGAUAAAUUAACUUGUACAGUGUAUGAUUGCAAGAGAUGCGUUUGUGUGUGUAAUAUAUAUAUAGAUAGAAAACACACUCGAUCUCUAAACGAUAUAUCUGUAACAAAUCAACUCGAUGCCAGGAAAGCACAUGAGAUGUAUUUAUAUUACGUUAGACUUAAUUAAAUUAUAUGUGUAUAUAAAAAGAAUUAUUAUAUUAUAAUAUUGUUUUAUAUAAAUAUAACACGAUGUGCUUACUUGUCUGUGAGAUGUAUUAAAUAAACUUAACUUCACAUUAUACACUAUACACAAUGCAUGUAAUCAGUAUGUAAAAAACUUCAGGUAAAUUUCCUACUUUGUAAUUUUUUUUUUCUUCCGAUAAUUGCUUCACAUAUAUAUAUAUAUUUUUUGUUACAAAAGAGAGUAAAAGUUUUUCGUAUACGGAGGAGAUCUAUUUAAGGGGGCCAUGUGAAAACAUUCAAAAAACAAAGGGAGGAAUGAAAAAUGCCGUCCCGUUUGCCAGAAAAUUUGCUUCUAAUUUAAUAGUAAAACAUUUUGUUGUAAGAUAGAAAAUAGAGAGCCUGUUCUAUACGCUUCUUGCUACAUAUGGUAAAACGCAUUUCUAAUUCUAACCAUUAGUUACAGUUAGUUAGUUUAAUCAAUUUUUUUUUUUUUAUUGAAUUUAAUGAAGUUGGCGAAAUAUUCUCCAUAUUUUUUGGCAACGUAUUAUAAUAUUACUUUCUUAUAAUCUGAGUACUGCAACUUUCACUGAUCGAUAUAUUUCCACUGGAACUACAGUGGUUCUAAUCGUAGUGUAAUAAAUCGUGACCUGACUCGGAUUUAUAUUCGAUUAUAAGUACUAUAUUUUCUGUGUUCCAGUUUAAAGCACGUACGGUUGUAUAGCAAAAAUAAAUCAAAUAUUUAUGGACA